AUGGCUUACCAUACCAUGACGACUCCAAAGAAGAAGGAAGAUUCCUUUUUGGAUAAAAUUGGGACCUUAGCUCGUAAAAAGAAAGCUAAAGAAGUCAAUGAACUUGAGCAAGAAGGCAAAGAUGCCAUUGAGUCCAAGUUGAAUAUUUCCAGCCUGGCCAUUGAUCCUGAAGGAUACAAAUUGGAGGAAAAUGAAGAACUUAAUACUUUUAGCUUGCAAAAUGCUUCCUCUCCCUAUUCUUCUUCUUCUCUUUCCUCUCCCUGUUCUUCUUCUUUCUCUUUCCUCUCCCUGUUCUUCUUCUUUCUCUUUCCACUCCCUGUUCUUCUUCUUUCUCUUUCCACUCCCUAUUCUUCUUCUUUCUCUUUCCACUCCCUAUUCUUCUUCUUUCUCUUUCCUCUCCCUAUUCUUCUUCUUUCUCUUUCCUCUCCCUAUUCUUCUUCUUUCUCUUUCCUCUCCCUAUUCUUCUUCUUUCUCUUUCCUCUCCCUAUUCUUCUUCUUUCUCUUUCCUCUCCCUAUUCUUCUUCUUUCUCUUUCCUCUCCCUAUUCUUCUUCUUUCUCUUUCCUCUCCCUAUUCUUCUUCUUUAUCUUUCCUCUCCCUAUUCUUCUUCUUUCUCUUUCCUCUCCCUAUUCUUCUUCUUUAUAUCUUUCCUCUCUAUUUCUUCUUCUUUAUCUUUCCUCUCCCCGAUUCUUCUUCUAAGAUACAAGGAGUUUCCUCUCAGAGAAUUCUUCUUCUUUCUCUUUCCUCUCCCUAUUCUUCGUCUUUCUCUUUCCUCUCCCUAUUCUUCGUCUUUCUCUUUCCUCUCCCUAUUCUUCGUCUUUCUCUUUCCUCUCCCUAUUCUUCGUCUUUCUCUUUCCUCUCCCUAUUCAGAUUCUUUCUUUCCUCUCCCAUUCUUCUUCUUUCUCUUCUCCCAAUUCUUCUUCUUUCUCUUUCCUCUCUUAAAUUCUUCUUCUUUUCUUUCCUCUCCCUAUUCUUCUUCUUUUCUCUUUCCUCUCCCUAUUCUUAGUCUUUCUCUUUCCUCUCCCUAUUCUUCUUGGAAAGGGACUUUCUCCCUAUUCUUCUUCUUUCUCUUUCCUCUGUUAUUCUUCUUCUUUCUCUUUCCUCUCCCUAUUCUUCUUCUUUUCUCAAGUUCUCCAUGGAAUUUCUUCUUUUUUCUCUUUCCUCUCCUUAUUCUUCUUCUUUCUGUUUUUCCUCUCCCUUUUCUUCUUCUUUCUCUACAAACUCUCAAUAUUCUUCUAUUUUUCCUCUUUAUUUCUUCUCAAUUUUAUUUAUCAUUCCUCUAUUUAUAUCUUUCUUCUUAUUUUAAUUCCUCUGAUUGA